UGUUUGACGGACAAGGAAGGGGUUCGUCUAAAUAUCAACCUUUCAAGUAGUUUUUCCUGUUAUAUUAYUAGGGAUAACCUUUGCCCCACUCUACCCCCUCUCAGUCAAAACCUCCUCCCUCAAGGAUUGGUAAAAAAACAUAUAGCUUUCUUAGUGUUUAGUAUGAUAAAAGAGGGAAAAGUUUGCCAAGGAUGAAAUUAGCAACUGGUGAAGUGCAGCACGUACUUUCAUCUUUUUUCGAGGUAACGCGGUAAUGGAGGUAUGUACGUAGAGUAUCAUAGCCCACUAAUUGGACUAAGCCUGACCUCUCGAUCAUCGACUUAGCAGACGUUGAUUGGUCAAUUGGAGGUGAACAUUUCACGACGCUAGAAGUCUGGUACACUCGUCAAUUUAUCAGCUAAAAACGGGUCAACUAUGUUCACCCUGCGAGCAAACCAAGACCAAGAGAAAGCUGAGUGUAUCAAGCAAGCUACACUACCAAACAAUCGCUACUCGUGCGCACAACUUUGAUCGGCAAACAGGGACAACGUUUAAAUAUUUAUAAGAGUUGGCAAUGUGGACUAGCACGWUUUUACACUGUGUCUUGGUUUAUUCAGUGUUGGCCGCUAAGCCAGAACGUCUUGUUCUCGAUUUAAACCAUGGCAUUGUCACUGGUAGACAUCCCUACAUAAAAGUACUACAAGCUCCUAACCCAUCUACUACAAUACAAUGCUCAUCACAAGCCCUUAUCCGUUUAGACUUCAGUGGGCCUUAUACUAAAGCAAAGUUUGAGCUGCAGUACGGUAAAGAGCCUAACCUGUGGUCAUUCUUGGUAUCUGAUUCACCAGCUGCAUAUGGUUUUGGAGGAAAUCAUCAAUACACGAGUAACUGUGCGUCAGUUCAGGUGUUCAAUCAUCAGCUACGAAUCUACAGUAAUGUUCUCCCAGGCUAUCGUAGCUACAACAGUAAAGACGGCCAUACUCUGGUGGACGUUGAAGAUAACGCUGUGGCUAAAGGAUCUAACCUAACAGUAAACAUUAGUGACAGAACAGUUGAAUGGAGAGCUGAAAGAUACGCUACGAAUAGUUUUAUAGACAGUUAUCGAUUGCAUCCCAACAGAGAAAGUCUCAAGAACAGUCCAUAUCUAUUCGCACUGUCAGGACAAAAGACGACGUUUGGCCCUAGCGAAUACUACAUCUACGCAGGUUUCAAUAGAGUACCUUUGGGAACAUUUCAUAACGGAUCGGGAUUGUGCCAGGUCAAAGUGUCYUUUUUCAGCAAACGAAAGGAAGGCAAAAACCCAUGUCUCAACAACAAACAUUUGUGCCAUAAGGAUGCCAUCUGCCGUCCACGGCGAAAAAAGCCGUACAGGUGUCACUGCAAGGCAGGAUAUGUAGGAGAUGGUCGAAGAACUUGCAGAGAUGUGGAUGAGUGUGCUAUCAGUAAUGGAGGCUGCAGUCAAAUGUGCCAUAAUACACAAGGAAGCUACUAUUGCGCUUGUCGUCGUGGUUACACCUUACAGCCGAAUGGAAGGACUUGUAAAGGUAGCUCCAAGGAUAAUGGCGUCAUUACCAAACAAAUGUUACUUCGAUUUAGUGUGCAAAAGUGCAGUUCGCUGGCCCAAGGUGAUCCAGGGCCCUUUUUUAAAGAACUAAAGCGUCUUCUUGUAAAACGUAAAAUCUUCUUCCAGCCAUGUGAAGUUCAUGGGUACUCGUUAAAGUGUAAAUCUAAGAAGAAGGUUCUCGUCGCUUACUUCUUGCUUGAAUUAAGAAAAGGAGUCGUCUUAACACCACAAGUUUGUAAUUCUACUUGUUUGCGUUGUAAACUUGAGAGAAGRCUGCAAAUAUCGAUAGGCAGAAUGGAACUCGACAAGAAAUUCGAUAUCAAAAUAAAACGUCAACACUACAAAUUAAUAUUCAAGUCAGGAAAAAUGCAUCCAGGUGGGGUUGGGAGAGACUGUAACCAAGUCAAACCUUACAAAAACAAGCAAAAAAGACUCGGUUGUAUGCCUGGACAAUACUUUGAAGCGUUUCUUAAGCGAUGUGUAAACUGUCCAUAUGGGACAUACCAACCAAACCACCUCUCAGAGAUCCAGUUYUGCAUUCGGUGUCCAGGAAACAAAACUACUUUUCUUACUGGUGCGCGGGAUAUCCAUCAGUGCAAAGAAACUCGGUGUGGCGGGAACCUUACAACUAUGUCAGGUAUCAUUACGUCUCCCAACUAUCCCGAUGCGUACCCACGUGACGUGCAGUGUACCUGGAACAUCUACCCCAGUAAAGACCGCAACAUCCUAGUACUACUACCAAAGAUUUCACUGCCAACAUCGAUAGAUUGUUCAGACUACCUGGUCAUGAGAGAAGCAGAGAGUCCUUACUCAGUUGCAACGUACUACGCGUGUGAGUCAUUUGAUCAGCCUGUUGCGUUUGUGUCUCGAUCAAAGAAUCUUCACAUCAAGUUUAAAUCUCGCGGUGAUAAUCACGGUAUAGCGAGUGGAUUUAAGAUCUUCUACGUCACGUUUGAAGAAAAAUACCGGCAAUUGGUUCGAUACAUCGUGGAAGAUGGUAAAAUGUACGUCAACGAGACUAACAGGCGAUUAUUACAAGAUGAAAAUCUUGUCCGUGACAUUCUUAAAAUCGUUGUUGAACCAGACAAGCUACACGAAAUUUGUCCGAAAGAGAAAUGUGCCCCCGAACCAUUCCGAGAGGUUAUCGAGAAAAAAGUUGUCGAUUACUUUGAUCCUCUUCGGAAAAGACGAUCAUUGGAUAACAUCGACCAAUCAUAAACGAAACUGAUAACUAGGAACAGCAAGAGACCUGGGCGACCUCACCGUGGUCUCCUUUUUUCAGCUUCUUAUUGUAUAGAUAGUAAGAGCAUGUUAAAUACCAGUCAAACGGGUUAGGAGCGGAAAAUAAAUAAUAUGCGUCUUGGGCUCACACCAAAGCAAGUUAUUAGUACCUGGAAACAGGAUAGAAAAAACAGUGAAUAGAGCGCUCAUUGCAAGUACCUGACGACUACCCUCAUCUAUGCGGAAGUCAACUGAUUAGUUUCUAGUGUUAUCCAUUGUGUGCUCCUGAUAAGUAGCUAGCACGAACUGAUUUGAUAGUCGCAAUGGAAUUCCUUUUGUUAGUUAGUAAAAUACACACGAAAAUCUUUAAUUUAUUAGUAUUUGUAUUUCAUGUUUGAAAAAUAAAGUCACGCGAUCGUUUAA